GAUUCACGAGUUCCCCUCAGACCUGUUCUCCAACAAGGAGCGACAGCAUGGAGCCAUCCUACUGCAUAUCCUCGGUGCUCUGUAUAUGUUCUAUGCCUUGGCCAUAGUAUGCGAUGACUUCUUUGUUCCAUCUCUAGAGAAGAUCUGCGAGAAGCUCCAUUUGAGCGAAGAUGUGGCUGGAGCCACCUUCAUGGCUGCUGGAAGCUCGACGCCGGAGCUCUUUGCUUCUGUUAUUGGCGUGUUCAUCACCCACGGAGACGUCGGGGUGGGGACCAUCGUGGGCUCUGCUGUGUUCAAUAUCCUGUGUAUAAUUGGAGUGUGUGGCUUAUUCGCUGGGCAGGUGGUCCGUCUGACGUGGUGGGCCGUGUGUCGAGACUCUGUGUACUACACCCUCUCUGUCAUCGUGCUCAUUGCGUUCAUAUACGAUGAGCAAAUUGUGUGGUGGGAAGGCCUGGUGCUCAUCGUCUUGUAUGUGUUUUAUAUCCUGAUCAUGAAGUACAAUGUGAAGAUGCAAGCCUUUUUCACAAUCAAACAAAAGAGCAUUGCAAAUGGCAACCCAAUCACCAGUGAGCUGGAGGCUGUGAAGGAGAAGCCACAAUACGGCAAAAACCCGGUGGUGAUGGUGGACGAGAUCAUGAGCUCCAGUCCUCCCAAGUUCAGCUUCCCCGAAGCAGGCUUACGCAUCAUGAUCACCAGUAAGUUUGGGCCCAGGACCCGACUACGGAUGGCCAGCAGGAUCAUAAUUAACGAGCGGCAGAGACUGAUCAACUCGGCUAAUGGUGUGAGCAGCAAGCCGCUUCAAAAUGGGAGACACGAGAACAUCGAGAACGGGAAUGUUCCUGUGGAAAACGCUGAAGACCCUCAGCAGGAUCAGGAGCAGCAGCCGCCACCACAGCCACCACCCUCAGAGCCAGAGCUGGGCGAGCCUACCUUCCUGUCUCCCUUUUCUGUGCCUGGAGCCACCGGAGAAGUUGCACAUCCGGUAGAUUCUCACAAGCCAAGGUCAGGAUCUCAGAGAAGCGCUCUUGUCAGUCCCUCUCUGUGCAGCGCUGGGGUGUCGGCUCACGGACCAAUGGGAACCCACACUGGCUGA